AUGCAGUCACCAAUAAUAGACAGAUCAUCAUCAAAUGAAUUUCCCCAUAGCUCGUCGCAACAAUAUGACGACAGUGAUUCCGAUAGUGAUUUGUCACUUACGGACUAUAAAGAUCACUUGAUUCAGCAACAUCAGUCGAAAAUGCCUAAAUUGCCAAAGAGUGUCAUCUCAGUUUCAACUCUAAGCCUGCCAUUAUCUGAGGGAUUAGAGGAAAAGCAUCAAGACGCGGGGUUGUCACCCAGUGGAGAGGUCGAUGCAAAUACUGGACGACAGAGUACUGGGAGCACCAAUGUCUCUACUACAGUUUCACCCCCAAGUGCUAACUUGACGGGCCCUAGAGGCUCAAUACGAAGGAAGCCGCCCCCAGAUCUUCUUGAUCAUUCUCAGCAAGAACAUGGGAAAAACCAAGAGGCGAGAAACACGUCAAUUAUGGAAGAGUCGAAAAAUGAUUCACUUCCAUCAACACUGGUUCAGGAUACAAAGGCAAGGGGACUGAAGCGAUUCUCAGCUGGGAAACUCAACAACUGGGGUAAAAUGGUCAGCUCAUUGAAACGAUCAACAAGCAUGAGAACAUUUGAUGCACCCGAGACAGAAAGCCAUACUUACAGGAGGCCGCCAGUUACAGAUUCUAUACUACAAACUCCGACAUUUGAAUCCCCAAAGUCUAGUCUAACAACAUCAUUACCCACCCCGAUCACCACCAGCGAGAUGCCUUUCUGGAAAUAUCAUAUUCUCCGCUUCGGAAAAGACUUGUACCUCACCACAAACCCAGGAACAAAAUACGUUCAUUGUCGGAACGGCCCUAGUUUUUAUGUUGAAGUUGUGGUGGAGUCUACUCAAAAUCUGGAUAUCAAAUCAAAUGGGGAGGAAUACACAUUGACAUUUAAAGAUCCGAGUAACCUCUCACAAGAUCCUAGGCAAUGUAUGGUGAUAUCAAAAAAACAUGAUCAACAAAAAGAUUACUUUAGUAUAAGAACUCCCAAAAAUACCUAUUUAGCUGAUGAUGGAACAGUGGAAAGAUAUGAAGACUUGACCAUGUUUAAAACUGUAUCCUUUCCACUGACGAUAGACAAGAAGUACUUUCCAUACGACGCAUUACGAAAAGAAAAACCAAUGGCUUUUACCAAUUACGAACUUAAGGAUUUAGUGAAUAAAACUUGGAAUGUGGGAUCCAUAGCAAGAGUUAAAACUAGCCGAUUCAAUAAAAUAAGACAAAGCGUUAGGAAUGCGAGCAAAGAAAUUAAUGAUAGGAGUGACCAAGAGGAACUCAAGCUAGUGGAUAAACGAAACAUCUAUUUUCAUCGAAAUUACAUCAAUAACAAAAGCGACAGAAAAGAAGAAUACAAUACGAAGAAUAUUUAUGAUGCUUCAACUGACUUUCCUCUCGUUUUGAGUAUGUUUCGUCCUAAUGAAAAUAGGAUCUCAAAAAGACUAGUACAGUCAAUGAAACAACAACAAAAGAGUCGUCACCAAUCAAGUGUUCAUACAGCUCAGGAUGAUUUUGAAUCGAACCAAAAUGAUACUAAAACUUUUUACAAUGGAAGUGAUGGGCUCUAUUACCUGCAUGAUACUCAUGAUGAUAAUCCUGAUGAAAACAAACUGGGAUGGAUAACUAUAUAUGAAGAUAGAGAGGUAUUUGGAGGAAUAGAGAAUAGGGGGAUGUUUGAUAUAGUACUUGGAAUGACUUUGGCUGUUGGGUUUGAUACAUAUUUGAAGGAUCACAAGGCUGCGAAGAGAUAA